AUGGAUAUAUCAGCUACACUAGAAAAUUUAAAUCACUUUCAUCAAAAAGCAAUUGAGCAUGAUGAAAUUCUGCAUUUCCGAGAAGACGUUAUUUCACUAAUCAAAGCAUCCAGCCAAAAAGGCCUCUUUAAAGGUGUAUACAACCAAUCAGAUUUUAUCCAAAAUCUCAGACCUCAAAAGCUAAACAGCAUCUUGCCUAAGAUUUCUCAGCAGAGGAAGCUAAAUCUUUAUGAGUUAUUUGUAAAGCAUGCGGAUGUAGCAAGCAUUAAGGUCAACAUCCCAACUACCCUUCUAAGAACUGGCGAAACCUCAAUGACUUUUUUAGUCCAUACUCUUAAAAAUGGAAAUGUGAUCUCUAGGCCCUGCCAGCAAAGCGAGUUUUUCAAAAUCAAAGCCGACAACUCAGGUGCCAAAACGCCUCUUUAUUGUUUCAAAAAGAUUAAUAAAAAGGCAAUUCCGCUUUAUUCUAAAGAAAGCGCCGAAAACAUGUGAAACUUGACCAAAGACCCUGCAAUUCUGCAACUUUAUAUUAGAAGGACGGCAAAAAUGAGGGUUAAGUGAAAUUCAGAUACAAAGUUGGAAUAUAUACCUAUUACAAAAUCAAGCCAAAUUAUUGACCAAAUUACAGAAGAACCGAUAGCAAGCCCUUCCAAACCAUUCAAAAAGCGACUACAAACAAUAACAGAUAUAUCUGAGCUGAAAUACACAAAAGCAAUGCUUCAAAAAUCAAAAACUUUGAGCAAAGCUCGGCUUAAAUCAGUCACAAAGCCACUUUUGCCUCAGAUAGAAAGGAGCAACAAGCCUCGUUCAAGAUCUCAAAUUGUCCGAAGAAGCCCAAGCUACAAAGAAAAAGAAGAGACAAGCUUUGAUCAAUCCUUGACAUCAGAUGGAACCCUCAAUACCCCAGUGAGGAAACUUACAUCUUCUGAUGCAAAAAUAGACGAUGAGGAAAAAAAUCAGAAAAUUAUGGAAAUUGAGUCUAUGGUCUCCCAAACUGUUCUAGAUGGCGUAGCUCAUCCAACUACGGGUAGCGAGUGCAUAUCUUCGUGAUCAGCCGGGUGAAGCGUAAUGGAUGAAGGUAGACCGAGGGUAACUUUAGGUAAUACGGCAGGCCUCUCAAUAAUAAAGUUAAUGCUAAUGGUUUCCCAAACUGUCAAUUUUUUCAAUACAGCUGUUUUUCGUGGGCAUGAACUAAAAGAGAUGACAUUUGAUUUUAUUCUAGAUAAAAGCAAAAAUUGGGUACUGAUUAAAUGCAGAGAGUAUAGUUUAAACUGCCAAAUAAAUUUGAGCUAUAUUAACACCCCAAAUGAUAAGCAUAGGAGAAGGAGAAGCCAAUCAAACAGUGCCAUAAAAGCACUUAAGGAGAGUACGCCAAUACUCUCUAAAAAGAAUUCGAUGCCCAAAAUGAAAACGAAACUGAAUGAAAGUGAUGAAGACGUGGAAACUUCAGUAAUUUCAAUGCCAAGACAUAGGUUGAUACUCUCAAAUGAAAUUAAUGAAAAAGAUGUGUUUGAAAAGUAUACUAAAGCAAGUGAAAAUAUAGAUCACAUCAUAAAACGGCAGGCAACCAAGCUGGGAGAGCACAAACCGCCUGCUGCUAGCUUCUCAAAUCCUUUAAUUUCUAAGUUUCAAUGCCCAUUCAAAAACCAUGACCACGUCGAGCAUGUUAAAGUCCACAAAAAUAAAAACUGAAAUGAAAAAAUCUGCACCCUCACCCAAAGCCAUUUAAAUGAUGCCAUUAAUAGUUUAGACGAGCUAAAGGUAAAUUCUCUGCACACUCAGCAAAGUUUAGUACAAAAAUAUGGUGGGAAUGAUUUUUGGAAUCAGUUCAUUCUUUCGCUUUACAACAAGAUUUUAUCAAACGAAAUUUUACACAAGUAUUUCAUCAGUAUGAAGUUGGAGAAUUUCAAAAUGAUUGUAAAUGGGAUGUUCAUUAUUUUUAAUGGAGAAGUAAGUCCUGAAUUCAGAAGGAGGGUAAGGAUGGCUCACCACCGAUUAGGACUAGCUGAAGCAGAAUUCAACUGCUAUGCGGAUAUCUUUAAAUCCCUCAUGGUUAGAGAGCAAAAAAUGAAAAUCUGAUCCUUGAAAAAAUUUAAUAAUAUUCGUAAGAUUCUAUAAUAUGUUACAUUUAAAGCAUUUUGGUAUUUUUAAAGUCAUUUCAUUAUUUACAAUUUUGUAUUUUUUGAAUAAAAAUUUGUUUUUGUAGGAAAAUUUAAUACACAAACUAACUCCCCUGCUAGAGAAAAAUAAAAUAUUAUUUCCUGGCCAUGGGAGAGGAGUAAGAGCACGCUGAACGAACAGCAAGUAGAAGAAAGUGACAAGAAGACGAUUAUGUCGCAAGUAAAAUCAAUGAAGUGUCUAAUAUGCAGGUAA